AUGUCUUUGAUUUCAGCUACAUCGUGGGUUCCUAAAGGCUUUGCGUCUCAGCUGCCUGUCAAAUACGACUUUGAUGACGAGGAAAUGGACCGCCUUGCAGGUCUUGCUCGUCUUCAGCUCGAAGAGGCUCAGGACGAGCUUGAAGAAGAAGAAGAAGAGAUUGCCGAGACCAGCAACAAGGAGAAGAUUUCUACACUGAAGAAGGACGAAGAAGAUGGAGAUCUUGCUUUGGACGAAGAUUUGAAGGAAUACGAUCUGGAGCAUUAUGAUGAUGAUGAUGAUGAUGCAAACAAGGAGGACGAUGGCGAGGGCAUGGCUAUGUUUAGCAACAUUAAGAACCUUGUUUAUCAUGCAAAUGGUGAGGAUGAUCCAUACAUUACACUUCCCAGCAAGGAAGAAGAAGAAGAGGAGCGCCGCGAGUGGGAAAUCUACCCCACCGACAAUUUGAUUUUGGCAACCAAGACUGAAGAAGAAGUCUCGACACUUGAGGUUUACGUUUACGACGAUAAGGCUUUGGACGGCGGCGAUGAGGAUGAUGAGGAUGAGGAUGGACGCCAUGAUUCGAAUCUGUACAUUCACCACGACAUUAUGCUGCCGUCAUUCCCCCUGUGUGUGGAGUGGCUGGAUUUCCGCGUGGGCAAGGCACGUGAGGGCCAUGUUGGACCUGACGGUGUUGUUGCACCUGGUAACUUUGCUGCGGUGGGCACAUUUGAGCCUGAAAUUGAGCUGUGGAAUGUUGAUGCCGUGGAUUCACCUCUACCUGAUAUGAUUUUGGGAGCCAAGCCGGAUGAUGACAACACUGUACUGACUGAUGCCGAUAAGCAACUCAAGAAGAAGAAGAAGAAGAAAGCUAUUAAGAAGAAGAUUAACGACCAGUACCAUAUUGACGCCGUGCUUGCGCUGGCAGCAAACCGUGUGCACCGCAACCUGCUUGUUUCUGGUUCCGCAGACACGACUGUGAAGCUGUGGGAUUUGAACGAGGGUGUUUGCGCGCGGAGUUUGCAGCUUCAUGACGACAAGGUUUCAUCUGUGCGUUGGAACCCUGAACAAGGCACUGUUUUGCUUUCUGGUGGGUUUGACCGACGUGCGGUUGUGAGUGACCUGCGUGCAGCUGGGUCUGAGUCUGCCCGUCGUUCGUGGUCUGUUGAAUCUGAUAUUGAAGGCGUUAAGUGGGACCGAGAUGGUGUACAUUUCUACGUGGGCACAGAAAGCGGUAUUGUACACAAGUUUGAUGCGCGUGUUGCAGACAAGAGUGUGUGGAAGCUACAGGCACACGAUUCUGAGGUUAGCACAUUUGACGUGAACCCUCACGUGGAUGGGUUUAUGGUGACAGGAUCUUCGGACAAGACCAUCAAACUGUGGGACUUGAGCAGUGCGACAGAGGGUGGCAAGGGCCCGUCAAUGAUUUUGUCGCGUGACUUGGAUGUAGGCAAGGUGUUUAGUGUUGGGUUUGCUCCUGACCGCGAGGUGCUUGGACAUAUUGUUGUUGCAGGUGCGAGCGGUAAGCUCAAGGUGUGGGAUUCUCUGAGUAACCGGACAGUGUAUGAGCGAAUUGGUCGCAAGUACAAUGUUCAGCAGCGUAAGAAGGAGAAGCUUGCAGAGGCUGAGGAAGAUGAUGAAGAGGAAGAGGAAGAUGAUGAUGAUGAGUUUGCUGGUAACAGCAGCGAUGAGGAUGUUUAA